AUGGCGUUUCUAUUCAAGUCGAAGAAGAGCGCGCCAGCUUCGGGCCUUCCUCCCGCAAGUCGCAAGAUUCAUACCUCCGAUGGAACUUCUGCUCCAACAGUAGAGAAUGGCGUCCUCGAACGAGCUGGAGACCGACAAACGCAAUCACCUGCCCCGGCAAACGCUGCUCCCAACGGCUCGAUGAACUCGAUGAACUCGAGUCUUGCAGGCGGGCCUUCGUACCAACGCCGAGAGAGGUCGGAAUCCGAGUCGGGAGCGCGCCCAUCCACUGCCACUGGUGGUCAGUUAACUCAAGUUCCUAAUGCUGCUCUAUACCCCUGGUCGCAGCGAAGGCUGAACUUCACGACCCCACAAUCGAACCCUUUCCCUCGCUAUGGCGCUGCUGUCAACGCGGUCGCUUCCAAGGAUGGCGACAUAUACAUUAUGGGAGGCUUGAUCAAUGGCUCCAUGGUCAGGGGCGAUCUCUGGAUGCUCGAGUCUGGAGGUGGAAACCUCGCUUGCUACCCUAUUGCAACGGUCUCCGAAGGGCCCGGCCCCCGCGUAGGACACGCUGCUCUUCUUGUGGGCAAUGCUUUUAUCGUCUUUGGUGGUGACACUAAAAUGGACGACUCUGAUGUGCUUGAUGAUACCUUAUACUUGCUUAAUACCUCCUCCCGACAAUGGUCCCGCGCAUCGCCGCCUGGACCCCGUCCGUCUGGACGAUACGGCCAUACGCUCAACAUCCUGGGUUCCAAAAUCUACAUCUUUGGAGGCCAAGUUGAAGGAUACUUUUUCAAUGAUUUGAUAGCUUUCGACCUGAACGCCUUGCAAAAUCCCUCUAAUCAGUGGGAGUUCUUGAUUGAAAACUCGACCGAUUCGCUUCCUGCCAACGGCAAGGUACCGCCUCCGAGAACUAAUCAUACCAUUGUGAGCUACAACGACCAGCUGUUCCUCUUCGGUGGCACGAAUGGAACGCGGUGGUUUAACGAUGUUUGGACCUACAGUCCGGUUACAAAUUCCUGGAAACAAGAAGAUUGCAUCGGCUAUAUUCCAGCUCCUCGAGAAGGCCAUUCCGCUGCGCUGGUUGGGGAUGUUAUGUAUAUCUUCGGCGGUAGAACUGAGGAAGGCACUGAUCUUGGUGACCUCGCAGCAUUCCGAAUCAGCUCAAAAAGAUGGUAUACCUUCCAGAAUAUGGGCCCGUCUCCGUCGCCAAGGUCUGGACACAGUAUGACCGCGUACCGAGAUAAGAUUAUUGUGCUGGCCGGCGAGCCCAGCUCUGCACCGCGCAACGCUGAAGAACUAAGCAUGGUCUACAUCCUGGACACGGCCAAAAUCAGGUACCCUAAUGAUGCACCUGUCGAUAUGAAAGGCCCAGCUAGCCCCACUAGACGACCGAGCACGAGUACGGAGGUUAGAAGCACCGCACCACCAGUUCGAUCGACGUCGCGAGAAGGUCAAAGAGCCCCGAGUGUUUCCCGUGAGCAAUUCACAGGUGGCCCUGUUCAGCGACCAGAUCCCCAACAGCAAGCUUCAAGACUUCCUCGUGCUUCCGUCGCUCAAGGCCCUGCCGGCCCUCCGCCACAAGGGCAAGCUCCGGGACCACGCCUUAAUGGGGCCCAGUCACCCGCAAAUGCACCAAAGAAUAAGUACAACGGCCCGCCGGUCGAGACAAGAGGUCCAUCCGCAGGAGCAGAUUCAGUCCGCAAUAUCCCCACCGAGACAAUGGUGCAGGCUCCGGCUAUCAGAGAAGUCCAAAAGGAGAACAUCAGACCAAGCCGAGAGAACAGCCCGAGCACUCAUGGUCGGAGAACCCCGAUUCAAAGAACCGAGAGCAAAGCCAAGGCAAUGGAAGCCGGUGAGGCCGCGCCCUUGGUCAGCAACGGCGUCGCAAGGCAGCGAUCCUUGCGCUCGCAGCGAGCUCAAAGCUCGAUCGAUAGCACUGAAGACGGUCUUCUUGGUCGCUCAUCCUCGGGCCGCCAUCAUGGCGAAGGUGACGCUCGAAGUCUACGAAGUAUAGUCGAUGAACCGAAGUCGCCAAAAUUGAAUCCGCACCAAGAAGCAUUGUUGAAAGAAUUGGAAUCUGUGAAGAAGACCAAUGCUUGGUAUGCGUCAGAGCUAGCAUUGGCACGAAAGCAAGGUUACAAUGCAGCAAUGACCUCGAGCCCUACAUUUGACGAUCGUGUGGUCACCCAAGUUGCGGAUGAUGAUCGACCGCUCAUGGAGGCGUUUGUGAACAUGCGAACAGAGAUGAUUAAGAUGCAGGAAGCCAUGGAGGUACAGGCAUCAUCAAUGGCAAAACGUGUGGCCGAGGUGGAGCAUCAACGUGAUGCUGCCGUGACCGAAGCAGCUUAUGCUCGUGCGAAACUUGCUGCUCACGGUGGAAGCCAGCGAAGUACGCCACAACCAGAUGCCGCCCACGAGCCAGAUGAGCAAGAGCGUUUCACCGACUUGAGCAGGCGACUCGCUUUAGCAUUGGCUGCACAAUCCGAGCACAAGAUGAAGCUCGAUUCACUCUCCAACGAUCUUACAUCCGAAAGACGUGCUCGAGAGCUUGCAGAGGAAUCCUUGGAUGCCUUGCAAACUCGAUAUGAAGAGCUCAGCAAGAGUCGAAAUCCUGGCGAACUCGAAGGCCUACGGGCGGAACUACAUGAAGCGCAGAGUCUGGCACGCGCUGAAGCUGGAAGACGAGCUGAGCUCGAAGAUGAGCUGCGGAAUCUCAGGGUUGAGCACGAAACUCUGACUAGAUCACAUGAGGACGCUUCGUCACGGCUUUCGACUCACGUUGCUUCGAUGGCCGCCUUGGAAGCGGCAGUGGCAGCUUCUACAGGCAAAGCAAGUUUAUACGAACGCCAGCUCGAGGAAGAACGUCAGCACCGAGAAGUCUCCGAACGCAAACUAUCUCAACUGAAAGCCGAGCAUGAAGAGAGGGUUGCUGAGCUCGAGAAUACAUCCAGGCGCUUGCGGGACGCUGAGGAGCUCGCCGAAACCCACGCCAAGGAGGCUUCAACACAUCGAGAAGCUUUGCUUGCUGGCUUAGCUAGAAUAUCGUCGUCGGAUGCCUCGUCAAAGCAUGACGAAGUCUCGGAACAGAAGCUGGCGGCGCUGAGAGCAAGUGCUGAUCAAGCGUCAGCGUUGGCCAAACGUAACCAGGAAGCGGCUGACAAGGCCGCACAAAAGCUGCGUAACGCAGAAGAAAGGAUAGCAGGGCUGGAAGCGUAUCAAGAGCAGUCAAAUCGCGAAGCUCUCCAGAUCCGACGACAACUACAAGCUGCCCUUCGGGAUGCACAGAACCACCAGUCCGAGUUGCGUGAAUUAAGAUCGACUCUAGAAAUCAGCCAAAGGGAUGCCAGCGCUUUGGCUGUUCAACAUAGUGCCCUCAAAGAUCUUCUGGGCGAACGGGGAAUCAAUGGAUCCACCAUGAGAGGGUCACCAAUCUUUGACCAUUCUCCCAGCUCUCGAUUCGGCACUCCAGAGCAGAAUCGUCUCAGAGAGCUAGAUCAACAGUUACAAGCAAGCCUCAAGGCCCACGAGGAGACGAAGAGUCAAUUCGAAACUCGGAUGCAGGAAGCCGAUAGCACCUACAAGGAGAAACUCGAACAACUCGAGAACGACUAUCAAUCCGCAGUGCACUAUGUUAAAGGCACCGAGAAGAUGUUGAAGAAGAUGAAGGAGGAGCUCACAAAGUACAAGUCCCAGAACUCACAGCUCACCACGGAGCUUGAGAGCGCUAGAAGCGCCAGUGCCAUGUCUAAUGCAAACAUGGACACCUCAUCUUGGGACAACGAGCGACAACAGCUACAAUCUGCGAUUGACGAGAUGAAGACGCAGACCGGCCAACAAAUCAAACUGUUGGAAGGCAACAUCGAGUCGCUCCGCUCCGAGCUCGCGUCUGUUCAAGCAGACCGUGACAAGCAGAAGAGGAGCUACGAGGAGCUGUCACAGUCUUCGCAGCGAUACGGCAAAGAGCUUGAACAGCUGAAAACAGAGAACUCCAUGCUCGAAAAGAGAGCAGAAGAGGCCGAGGACAGAGUUACUAUGCUUCUCGAUCAGGUCGGCCAGUCUGUGGGCAACUACCGACGGCAAUCGCAACUGCAGCCACUGCCAAAUGGAAUCAUCGGUCACACUCGCGAUGAGAGCCAUUCGACCUUGACGGAUCUCUCCGUCAACGAAGACCUCGGCAGGGAUGAACGAGGGUCUGUUGCUUUGGACAACCUAGCGUCAGAGCUAGAAACUCUGCGAACUCAGUGGGAAAGCACGAGUCGAAACAACUAUCGCAUCAGCACACAGUUUGACUCUGAACGAACACCCACAGGCCAAGGCGUCGAGCUCAGCGACAAUCUGGCCAACUGGAGGAGGCGACUGGAAGAGGAAGAACAGGGAGCCGGUCAAACCACGGUGGCUUGA